AGAAAGUAGCAAAAAUUGAACAGUCGUUAAAGUUUGGAGCCAGGCAACAAUAGGCCGAAACUAGAAAACGGGAAAAGAAGAAAAACCCGUCAAUGUGGCGUCACCCAUCGACUACUGCGGUAACACCCUUUCACCUCUCUUUCUAUUUCUCUGCUCCUCUAACAGUGGCGUUGUUUUCUUACUCUGGAAUUAAUAUUCAGGCCAACCCUGAUUCUGAUCAGAGCAUUUCUGACGAAGAGGAUUUCAGUCAUGAUUGGCCUGAAAAUUGCGUUUCAUUGGCCCCCUCUGCCGAGAAGAAGAAAGGAUUAGAAAUCUUGUCACGACUUGAGCUACUCAAAGGUACUCAUGACAGUGGAACCAAACCUAAUACGUUGUCAUAUGUGAAGCCAAAAAGUUCAAGUUUUGAAGAUGAUGUUGAGAUGCCCGAAUUCUAUGAUGAGGAUGACUUCAUCUGUCCCCCUAAGAAGGCGAUAUCUGAAGGUAUUAAUGAUCUGCUUGGAAAGGGGAACAAUAUGCUGUCAAAGUUUUCCAGUACUGAUGGAGCUGAAACACUCUCCAACGAUGUCAUACUUGGUAUUGAAAAUGAAAAACAAGAAGGCUCUUACUCUUGGUCUGCCUUGAGUAAAGAAGGUGAGGCACUAAUGGGUUUGAGAGAACAUGCUUUAUGCUAUUCCAAACCAAAGAAAAUUUUGAAAGGAGCCAAAGUCAAAAGCAAGCCAAAAUUUUCUUUCGGUUUACAGUUAAAUAAGGACAGACUAUCUUCACCUUGUACUUUGAAAGACAAAAAUAACUUGUCAAAUAGCAUCCAUGGAGUGCCUGAAAGAUUGAACCAAGACGAGUUAGCUGCUGAGCUUCCUGAAGAUAUACAAGGUGAAGAGGAAAAUAUGUCAGAAAUAGUGCCUUUUGAAGUAGAGGCUGUUAGACAUGAAUGUAGUGAGGAAACGAUGGCUGAUCGUUUAGAUGGCCUACAGGAUAAUGCUAGUCUUCUGAGAAGAAAUUCAAAAAAGUUUAGCAGUAAAAGAGGAAACAAGUUCCGGCUUGCUAUAAAGAGAAAUAUAUCUCCAUUAGGUGAUAGAAUUAUGAACAAUGAAGACUUUGCUAAUCUCAGGAGCUGUAGUGGAUCAUCAAGUGAUAGUGAGAUAAGUGGUAAGGAUUUGAAGCUAUCCAUUCCUCAGAUGAAAAGGCAAGCCAUGGUAGAUCAGUUCCAGGAAGCGUUGGGUUCUACCUUAUUGAAUGAUAAUAUGGCAUUACACGCUGGGCCUAAACCACCAAGAAGUGGAUUGUUUUGGAAAUUGCAGCAGGCCAUGCAGAGUGAAAAAGAACAAGACAUGGAUUUCUUGAAGACAUUAGGGAAUCGAGUGGGCCAAAAUGAAGCCAGCUGCGUUUAUUGUAAAAUUUUGGCUAGAUACUUGGAAGGAAAGCUGGUAGUUUGUCGUUGCUUCUUCAGCAAGAACUUUAAGAGCCUCUCACUGUCAGAGACAACCCUCAAAGAAAUGGCAGAUGAAGGAACGGAAAGGACAGUCAUUUUCAACCCCAGAGUUUGCAAUGAUGUCGACCUUGAAGUUGGGAACUGCAUUCGCAUUUACCCCCCAUGGAAGGAGGUCCAAGUGGGCGAUGACCAGAACCUUAUUUUAACUAAUUAUUUUUCCACCAUAUGGACCAGUUCGGGUUUCUCGGAAGAGAUUUGAUUUGAUUUUGUUUUGCAUUUCCUUGGGAUAUCAUGAAGAGAAAAUGAACAGAUGAUCAGCAAACCCCUAAUAUUUCUUUUUAUUUCGUUUUUUUUUCCCAUCUUUUGUAACAUUUAUUUUCAUAAUGUACAUGAAUCUUGUUUUAUAAAAGUGUAACUCUAGUGGUUGGGUUGGGUGGCUAGGUAUUUGUGAUACAUGAUUCAAAUUUUGAAUGUUUUCUCAUCCUUUAACAAUGGAACUUGGAUACAUGAUGAAACUCUUAAUAUGGUCAGGUAUUUAUUUAAGAAUAAAUAACAAAUUUGCAUCCUGACACUA